AUCCGGAGGUAUAUUUGAUCGCUAUGUCUGCGGUCACACCACACACAAUUACAAUAGCCGACAAUGUCCGAUAAAAUUCUAGUGAGAGUGCAGUCUGCGGAGGGCAUCAAACGCAUUGAGAUCUCACCCAAGUCAAAUUUGAAGCAACUCUAUGACAGUGUCCAGAAUGCCCUGCAAGUCGAUGGAUUCGGUCUGUUCAAGGAGCGAAAUUUUCUCACAGAACUACAGGCCAGUGGCUCCCAGCUGGUAGGAACCGCACUGAAGCAUGGCGACAUGAUAUACUUAAAACAAAUGGCUGGCACUUCAUCGCGGCGCACCAGCACCGUUGCCAUUGACAGUCAGGUGUUCCAGGCGGCUGCAGUUAGCGAAAAGCUGAGCAACAGCAACACGAACAGCGCUCGGCCCUCCAUUAAUGUGAUCGAGGAUGAGGUGGACCAGACCCUGACCAAAGCCGAUGGCACUAUUAAGCGCGAACGCGAUAGCAAGCUCUGCCAUCACAAUGCCAAUGGGCGCUGUGUUCAUUGCUCGCCGCUGGAACCCUACAAUGAGGCAUAUUUGAAGGAGAAUAACAUCAAGCACUUGUCAUUUCAUUCGUAUAUACGCAAGCAGACAUCGGGCAUGGAUCAUGGCAAAUACUUUGUGUUCGAUGACAUCAAUUGCCGCAUCAAGACCGGCUGCAGGGAACAUCCACCAUGGCCCAAGGGCAUAUGUUCCAAGUGUCAGCCAUCGGCCAUAACCCUGAAUCGUCAGACCUAUCGCCAUGUGGACAAUGUCAUGUUCGAGAAUACCAAAAUUGUGGAGCGUUUCCUAAACUACUGGCGCACCACUGGCCACCAGCGUAUGGGCUACUUGUAUGGCACAUAUGAGCAGCAUACGGAUGUACCGCUCGGCAUACGCGCCACGGUGGCAGCGAUCUAUGAGCCACCGCAAGAAUCGACACGAGACUCGAUCAAUAUGUUCCCCGAUGAAGGGGCCAACGAAGUCGAUGCCGUGGCCGAAGCGUUAGGACUGAAGAAGAUUGGUUGGAUAUUCACUGAUCUCAUCACGGAUGAUGCAUCUGCGGGCACUGUCAAGCAGAUUCGUGGCAUCGAGACACAUUUCCUCACCGCGCAGGAGUGCAUAACAGCCGGAGAGUUGCAGAAUCGUCAUCCCAAUCCAUGUAAAUAUGCCUCAAAUGGUGUCUUUGGCUCUAAGUUUGUGACCAUUUGUGUGACGGGAGAUAAAACCAAACAAGUGCAUAUGGAGGGAUAUGCAGUGUCUGCCCAGUGCAUGGCUCUGGUCCGUGAUGAUUGUCUGAUACCCACUAAGGAGGCUCCCGAAUUGGGCUAUGUGCGCGAGUCCACAGAUAAGCAGUAUGUUCCCGAUGUCUUCUACAAGGAAAAAGAUCAAUAUGGCAACGAGGUUCAGCGUCUGGCACGUCCUCUGCCCGUGGAAUAUCUGCUGGUGGAUGUGCCCGCCUCGGCGCCGGUAAAGCCACAGUACAUGUUCACAAACCACGAGAAGCGGCAGGCAUUCCCCAUCGAGAAUCGCUACAUUGACGGACAUCUGCAGGACUUUAGUGCCCUGAGCGGCUAUCUGUCCGCCUGGGGCGAGGAGGAGUUCCUCGAGGCCAUCUCUGACUUUCAUUUGCUCGUCUAUCUGUACAAAAUGGACAUGCUGCCGCUGCGUCAGCACAUGGCAUCGCUGCUGGAGGCGGUGCGCACCAAGAACCCCAACCGGGCGGCCGAUUUCAAGGGCGAGGAGGUGUGGAAGAUCCUCGAGUCGCUCAUUCAGGCCAGCUCUGGCGGAAGUGGUGGCACCACCAGCUAUCCCAGCGGUAGUGGGGCGACCAGUGCCGGCGGUGCGGCCAGUGCAGAAGCUAUGGAUCAGGAUGAGAACACCUGGACGUGCAAUCACUGCACAUUCAUCAAUCGCGGCGAUCUGCAAUCCUGCGAAAUCUGCUCGCUACCGAGAUAAGGAUCCACCCCCUCGACCCAAGUUUCCCAACUUUCCAACGGCAUCCUGGAUGAACUAUUCUAAAUUCUGGUGUAAAACAAACUAAAGAUUCAAUCACACACAAGACACGCAGCAGCUCGUCGAUAUGUCGCGCAUUCUCUAUAUAUAUGUAAACGUCGUGUAAGAAUUUUAUAAAAUAAAUCAAAAAAAAA